GCUCACAUCCCACAAUUACAAAUCUUAUUGUCCAUAUCUCAAUUUGCUUUCUAUCAUUACGUCGUAGAGAUGUUGUUUUAGCCUCAAAGACUCUUCGGGAUCAACUGCCGACGCGCAGGAGAUAUGCGAAUGAGUAUUCACAAAGUCUUCUAGAAAUAUGCCAUGUAACAGCAACCAAUGGCCGGGUGCGGGGUUGGUAGGUUGCUUUGAUGGUUCAUGAACGAAUGAACGUCCGAGCCUGGGAACAUCCAUACUAUAGUUAGAACGCGGGGAAGACGAUGCCAUCAUACUUGCAUGAUAUAUAUAUACUAGGUAAUUCUAGGUAGAAGUCAACAUUUCACCUCAAAGAAGUAGGUUUUGCAUAGAAGUAGCCUUCAAGAUGUCUCAAACGCAAACAAUGAAAGCGGUUAUAUACCAAGAACCCUUCAAAGUAACUGUCGAAGAACGCCCACUGCCAACGAUCGAACAUCCGGAUGAUGCACUGGUGAAGGUGACAACAGCCGCAAUCUGCGGAAGUGAUUUGCACAUGUAUCAGGGAAGAACGGCUGCGGAAGGUGGGUUAUGUUUUGGACAUGAGAAUAUGGGCAUAGUGAUCGAGACCGGUUCUGGUGUUCAGCAUAUUAAGAAAGGGGAUCGUGUGGUGAUGCCGUUCAAUGUGGCAGAUGGCAGAUGUAGGAAUUGUGAAGAGGGCAAAACGGCUUUUUGUACAGGUGUUAAUCCCGGAUUCGCAGGCGGGGCGUAUGGAUAUGUUGCAAUGGGACCUUACCAAGGAGGUCAAGCACAAUAUAUCCGUGUACCAUAUGCCGAAUUCAACUGCCUUCCUCUUCCUGCUGGAAAAGAGCACGAAGCGGAUUUUAUCCUUCUUGCCGACAUAUUCCCAACGGGGUGGCAUGGUGUUGUACUUUCUGGCUUCCAACCAGGAGAAUCAAUCGCCGUUUUCGGAGCCGGACCUGUUGGAUUGAUGGCUGCGUAUAGUGCAAAGCUCAGAGGAGCAAGCAAAGUGUUUGUCGUUGAUAGCGUGAAAGAACGUCUACAAGCUGCGGAGAAAAUCGGUUGUGUCGCUGUGGAUUUCACCAAAUGUGACGCCGUCGAGGAAAUCAUAAAACAGAAUGGCCAGAUGGUCGAUAGGAGCGUGGACGCUGUCGGGUACCAGGCUUCUGCACAGGAUGGCAAGAAAGAAGUACCAAGUAUUGUUUUGGAGAAUUGCAUCAAAGUGACGAGACCAACCGGUGGUAUCGGUGUUCCAGGAUUAUAUGUCCCAAGCGACCCUGGUGCUCCAGAUAGCAAUGCUGGCCAAGGAAUGUUAUUGAUAAGUUUUGGGAAGUUAUUCGAGAAGGGUCUUUCCAUUGGCACUGGACAAUGCAAUGUCAAAGCCUACAAUCGUUAUCUGCGAGAUAUGAUUAUCUCAGGCGUCGCAAAACCUUCAUUCGUUGUUUCGCAUGAAAUUGGUAUCGAUGAGGCACCAAACGCUUAUACCAAAUUUGAUAGAAGGGAGGAUGGAUAUACUAAAGUUUUAAUCCAUCCCAACGGCCCUCUCUGAGAAAGCCAGAUUUGAAUUGGAAUGAAUUGCGAUGGCACAUACAUUUGCAAAACACUUCUGUAUAUAUUUCGGUACUAUACAUACAAUGAUUAAUCUGCUUUGUUCUUGACAUAGAGGAUUACCGAUGGCAACCAUUGUGUGACCGAUGCAAAGCCCCAACAUUC